AUGAACUUCUUUGGAAAAUUCAAGCCCUCCAUAAUUUGAAAGAGGCUACAACAGGAAAGGUAUUAGCCCCACAUGCUUGAUGAAAUUAGAUAUUAGAAAGGCCUAUGACUCAGUUAGCUGGAAAAGGUAUCAGGCAGGGAGACCCAAUCUCCCCCCUCCUGUUUACCCUUAUCAUGGAAUACCUCACCAGAAUUUUCUCCUACAAUUGCAGGAAUGAUAAUUUCAAAUUCCACCCCAGGUGUAAAUCUCUUAAACUUGUCAAUAUUGUUUUUGCUGAUGAUUUGAUUGUGGCUUGCAAGGCUGAACCUCAGUCUAUUGAGUGUAUUCUGGCUAGCCUUAAAGAAUUUAAGGAAACAACUGGCCUGAUGCUUAAUUAUGACAAGUCUCAAGUGUACUUAGGGGGAGUUUCUGAGGAUGAGAGUCAAAGUAUAAUUGAGAGAACAAAUAUGUCUAGAGGGACCUUUCCCUUUAGAUAUCUGGGAGGGCCUAUCUCUGCAUCUCGUAUUAGUGAAAGGGAAUGUGACAAACUUGUUGAGAAACUCACUACGCAGAUUACAUCCUGGACCACUAAGCACCUAUCCUAUGCAGGAAGAGCUAGAUUGAUAAACACUGUUCUAUAUGGGGUUAUCUUUUUCUGGUGCAGAAUUUUCCUUCUCCCUGAUAAUGUUAUGAAGAAGAUAAUGGCUUUAUAUAGGAACUUCCUUUGGAGCUCUACCCCUGAUUAUAAAAAAUGUCCCCUCGUUAGUUGGGAUGAAGUCUGUUUGCCUAAACAAGAAGGUGGACUAGGUCUGAAAAAUUUGCUGAAAUGGAACCAGGCAUGUCUCAUGAAGCUCUUAUGGGAUAUUGCCAAUAAAAAAGAUACCCUAUGGGUUAAAUGGAUCCACAAUAAGUAUCUUAAGGGAUCAUCUGUGUGGGACUACACUACUAAACCCGAUGACUGUUAUUACUGGAAGAAGUUGGUUCAAACAAGGUGCCUGUUUAUGGGAAUGAAUAUGACCAGCUGCUACACUGUCAAGGAGGGAUAUAAUUGGCUUGUAGGCAGCAACCCAAAAGUGGAGUGGUUUGAUAUGGUUUGGAACAAAUGGACUAUACCUAAACACUGCUUCAUAACUUGGCUUAUAUGGAGAGGUAGAUUACUCACCAAGGAUCGUUUAAGCAGAUUCAUCAAUCUGGAUACUACUUGUGGUCUUUGCAACAAUGGAGUGGAAUCAGUCGAUCAUCUCUUCUGCUCCUGUGCUUUGGCUCGACUGAUCUUGGAGGACAUUUCUCAAUGGAUACAUGUUGAUAUCACAGCUGGGUCGAUUAGAGAACUGGGAAGUAGAGUGGGGAAAGGAAAGAACAGAAAGAGUCGAAGAACUAUAGCUACUUGUAUUGCUGCGAGUUGCUACUUCAUCUGGAAAGCUAGGAAUGGCAAACUUCACAAUAAUAGGGAAGCUGCCAAGGAGCACAUUGUACAAGGAAUUAAAGCUGCAGUUACCAUGUCAAUAGGACACAAAGUUAACAUCAAUUCUGUUGCCUUAUAAUUUGUCUUUUGGAUAUUGUUUGAUUUGGUAGUUUUGAGUUGAAAUUUAGAGGGGACCUGAUUUGUAAUGUUUGGUUGGUAUUAAUAUAAUGUGCUUUCGUUC